CCACGACUCAGUCCAAUUCACAGCCACAAUUAUGGAGUUCUCUAUCCAUUUUCUCUGCCUGCUGGCCAGCCUUUCACUCUACUGCGUGCUGCUAUCAGUGCAGGUCAGUGAAGGUCAAUUUGUCCCCGGGAGGUGUGAGUGUUACAACACAAAUAAGAGGGUCACGGGUCAGUUGUCUGACCUCAGAGUCAUACCCCAAAGCCACACCUGCACCACUGACCAGAUCAUAGUGGUGAUGAAGACGAACAAGUCAGUGUGUGUGGACCCAACAGGGAAACUGGGAAAACAGCUGCUCCGCUGCUGGAGGAAUGCCAAAGACAAAGGUGUGGACGUGAAGAGAUGUCUAAAUAGGAAAAAGAAAGACCAAAGCAACCAAGGACAGAACCCACAGAAAAAGACAAAACCCAUGAGACAACCUAAACUGAAUAGAAGAAGGGCAACACCAAUCCCUGCCUAAGAAGGACCUCCAGUACUUGUCUCUUCACUUGAACGAGUGUAUGGAAGUUUAGCUGGCCUAAACUGUAACCAAAAACUAACGACAAAAACGCUAAUCCAAACACCAGGUGGAUGACAGACAUCUGGGGGACUACAGACUCCAGGUGGACUGCAGAGCAUUAGAUCUUAGAACAUACACUGUAUAACUCAGUCCUAUAAACCAGAGUACCUUUCCCUCAUCCCGUUUAGCCUGUAAAAUUGUUCUAUUUGGAUGUGGGGUGGGAGAGCUAUGCACAUGGCUGUAAUUUAGAGGUCUGGGAUGCAAACUGUGCUAUUCCAUACAUUGUUGUUACUUUUUGUAAAUGUCACUGUUAUUUAUAAUGAAAUGUUUUUAUUGUUAGAGUUGUUUUACUUCAUUAAAUACUUUUUUUAUAAUGAA